AGACAAAUAUUCAUAAGACUCGGAUAAAUAUCCGAAAUACCCAGACUAACAGGAUAGCUAAAUUGAUUAGCAGCAGGCACAAAGACUCACAGGAUGCGGCCCAGCUUAUCAUCGACUGUAAUGGAUUCCUCCGACAAUACACUGAGCUGCUCCAAUGAAUAUGGGGGUGCUCUGGAUCUCUUAUAUCCCUCACGAAAUUUGCCCAACUUUAGUCAAGGAUUGCCAUUUUCAGUUCCCCAAUCAGUCAUAAGAAAGAAGAAAAAGAGAGAAAAUUGCACGGUUCAUUCAAUCAAAGGAAAACCCACAAGAAAAAAACGGAAAGGAAAGAAAGGAUAUCAUAGAUAUCGAGUGGAUCGACGGCGUCGCAGCAGUGGGAAUCUUCGCAUCGGGCGACCCUUUCCUUUUUAGCGUGGACGAUUGGGUUCGCAUUGAUCAGACCCAGAGUCAUUUAUCUCUUUCUCUCCUUCAACUCCUCUUCGCCGUCUUCCUUGCGGUCUCUCUCGUUCUCCGGUGAUCUCUUCGCUUCCCUUUACUUCCCAACCAUUUCUACUUCUUUACUCAACUUCUCAAGUUGACGGACACAUUCUCCGCCGCAGUCGGGUUUUCUGAUUCCGGGGCCCAUUCGACGGCCGACACGUGUUCUACAGUUCAUCUGUCCGGUUUGAGAAUCAAGUUGACUGGUCAAUUCGCCAUCGUCUGGCGACUCUGGCCACAUAAGCCUCUUGGAUGGGUCCCAUUUGUUUGAGACGAACACGUUGUCGUUUUCCUGCGUCCGGCAAAUGGAUCUUCGGGCGGAUUUGAGCUGGCCGGGUUGGCCCAUUUACCGACGAGCGUCUAGCUUCGGUCUACAAUGAAAUUGUGAUCGGAGAAGGGAAGAUCAGGCGGAGACGAAAGAGCGGGAGGGAAAUAUGGUGCACAGUGCCUAUGAUUCCUUUGAGCUCCUCCGAGGCUGUCCGACGAAAAUCGAUGCCGUCGCGUCCUACGCUUCGAAGCUCUUCCUCGGCUGCACCGAUGGCGCGCUACGAGUCUACGCCGCCGAAUCCGAUCGAUCUUCUUCGUCGUCGGAUUACCUCGGCCAAGCGCAAGAACUUCGGAAGGAAGGAUACGCCCUGGAGAGGACAGUGAACGGAUUUUCCAAGAAGACUCUGCUGUCAAUGGAGGUACUGGCAUCGCGGCAGCUGCUCCUCUCGCUCUCUGAGUCGAUCGCUUUCCACCGGCUCCCAAAUUUGGAGACUUUCGCUGUGAUCACCAAGGCCAAAGGCGCCAAUGUUUACUCCUGGGAUGAUCGCAGAGGCUAUCUCUGCUUCGCGAGGCAGAAGCGAGUCUGUAUCAUCCGCCACGAUGCAGGACGAGGAUUCGUGGAGGUGAAAGAAUUUGGAGUGCCUGACACGGUGAAGUCGAUGGCCUGGUGUGGCGAGAACAUAUGUAUUGGAAUUAAGAAGGAAUACGCGAUACUGAACGCCACUAGUGGUGCAUUGAGCGAGGUGUUUCCUUCUGGUAGACUGGCUCCGCCUAUGGUCGUCUCUCUUCCUUCGGGAGAACUUCUUCUUGGCAAGGAGAAUAUUGGAGUAUUUGUGGACCAAAAUGGCAAGCUUCAUCAAGCUGAAAGGAUUUGUUGGUCGGAAGCUCCCUCUGUUGUUGUGAUUCAGAAACCGUAUGCUAUUGCCCUGCUCCCAAGACGUGUUGAGAUAAGGUCUCUUCGAGUCCCAUACCCAAUGAUUCAGACCAUUGUUCUUCAGAAUGUUCGUCGUCUUGUUCAGAGCAAUAAUGCAGUAAUUGUUGCGCUAGAUAAUUCUGUUCAUGGACUCUUCCCUGUUCCUGUUGGUGCACAGAUCGUGCAAUUAACAGCAUCUGGAAAUUUUGAAGAAGCUUUGGCAUUGUGCAAGUUACUUCCUCCAGAAGAUGCAAGCCUUCGAGCUGCAAAGGAAGCAUCCAUUCAUAUAAGAUAUGCCCACCAUCUUUUUGAUAAUGGGAGUUAUGAGGAUGCUAUGGAGCACUUUUUAGCUUCCCAAGUAGAUAUCACCUAUGUACUUUCUAUGUAUCCGUCAAUAGUUCUUCCCAAAACAACUUUGGUUCCUGAAAUGGACAAGGUAGUGGACAGUUAUCCAGAUGUUAUGCAUCUGUCAAGAGGUUCUUCUGGUGCAUCAGAUGAUAUGGAUCCCUCAUCUGCUUCACAUUUUGGCGAUUUUGAUGAGCAUUCCGCACUUGAGUCCAAGAAGAUGAGCCAUAAUACUCUCAUGGCUCUAAUCAAAUACUUACAGAAACGCAGAUACAGUGUAAUUGAAAAGGCUACUGCCGAGGGGACAGAGGAGGUUGUUUUAGGUGCAGUUGGUGAUAAUUACGGACAUUACGACUCCAGUAGGGUCAAAAAGUCUGGCAAGGGGCGUGGUAAUGUCGCCAUUAAUUCAGGAGCUAGAGAAAUUGCUGCUAUCCUGGAUACUGCACUACUCCAAGCACUUCUGCUUACUGGACAGUCUUCAGCUGCUGUAGAAUUGCUCAGAGGCCAUAAUUAUUGUGAUCUGAAAAUAUGUGAGGAGAGUCUUCAAAAGAGACAUCACCAUUCUGCUUUGCUGGAGCUUUAUCGAAGUAAUGCCAUGCACCGUGAAGCUCUGAAGCUUCUGCAUCAAUUAGUCCAAGAGUCAAGCUCAGGCCAAUCUGAGGGUAUGCAUAAGUUCAAGCCUGAGGACAUUCUAGAAUAUCUCAAGCCUCUCUGUGGAACAGAUCCUAUGCUUGUUCUAGAGUUCUCAAUGAUCAUUCUCGAAAGGUGUCCAACACAAACAAUUGAGCUGUUUUUAUCUGGGAAUAUACCUGCAGAUUUGGUCAACUCUUAUCUGAAGCAGCAUGCUCCAAACAUGCAAGGAAGGUAUCUAGAACUGAUGCUCGCAAUGAAUGAAAGUGCCAUAUCAGGAAACCUUCAAAAUGAAAUGGUGCAAAUCUAUCUCUCUGAAGUUCUUGAUUUGCAUGCGGAAUUAACUUCCCAAAAGAAAUGGGACGAGAAGGCUCAUUCCCCGACUAGGAAAAAGUUAUUAUCUGCUCUAGAAGGCAUAUCAGGAUAUAACCCUGAGGCUUUAUUGAAGCGUCUUCCUCCUGAUGCAUUGUAUGAAGAACGUGCAGUUUUAUUAGGAAAGAUGAACCAGCAUGAACUUGCCUUAUCCCUCUAUGUACAUAAGCUUCAUCUACCUGAUCUGGCAUUGUCCUACUGUGAUCGCAUUUAUGAGUCUGCAACUCCACAACCUUCUACUACAAAUUCUGGCAGUAUAUACCUCACGCUUCUACAAAUCUAUCUAAAUCCCAGUAAGACAACCAAGAACUUUGAGAAGCGAAUCACAAAUAUAGUAGCUUCUCGGAGCACCAGCAUCCCUAAGGCCAGUUCUGUGAGUGGAACCAAGACUAAAGGUGGCCGUGGAGCGAAGAAAAUUGCUGCAAUAGAAAUUGCAGAUGACUUGCGUAUGAGUCCAAGUGGCACUGAUAGCAGCAAGAGCGAUGGCGAUACAGACGAAAUUAAUCAGGAAGGCAGUUCUACCAUAAUGCUUGAUGAGGUGCUUGAUCUCUUGAGCAAAAGGUGGGACCGAAUAAAUGGUGCCCAAGCACUCAGACUUUUACCCAGGCAAACUAACUUACAGAACUUGCUGCCGUUUCUUGGACCUCUACUGAGGAAAUCAAGUGAAGCGAACCGGAACCUUUCAGUAAUCAAGAGUUUGAGACAGAGUGAGAACCUGCAGGUGAAAGACGAGCUGUACAAGUAUAGAAAAGCAGUCGUGAAGAUCAGCAGCGACAGCAUGUGCUCCCUUUGCAACAAGAAGAUCGGAACAAGUGUGUUUGCUGUCUAUCCCAACGGGAAAACACUCGUCCAUUUCGUUUGUUUCCGGGACUCCCAAAGUAUGAAGGCCGUCACUAAAGGUACAACACCACCUCCUAGAAAGUGGUGACAUAUUUUUCUUUCAAACAGGAUGUUUCACGACAUCAGCAGAAAACCGCUGAUACAUCAUCAGCUUUGAGAUGGUGAAUACCGGAGAGUGCAUUGACCUUCACAUGAAACUGCUUUUCGGUAGCAGCCAUCGAAGUCUCCGGCAGCUGGCCAUGGCCUGUGAGAGAACGAUACUGAAUUGGCACCCUUCGAGAUGUUUGUUCUUCAAGGGCUUGUUGGUUAUCAAUUUCUAAGUUUGAUGGCUUGCUCGGUGUGGGGGAAGUUUUCUUGCCUGUGUUGUAUGCUUUGCUGAGUUUGUUCCUUCAUCGAGAUUUCCGUUCUUCUGAGUGAAGUCCCCAUUGACAAAACGAAUGGCAUAGUGUUGUUGAUAGAUCGAUAUACGUUUUGUUUGUACUUACGUGCUUGUGCAAAUGCAAAUUUCUGUGAGCGGCAUCCAAAAUAUGGUACCAUUUCAGGACUGAUAUUUUGUUACCAAACAACGCAAUAGAAGCACAAUGAAAUGUUUAUAUUAUAACCAUCUAUCCACCAUACGCCUGCCCUUGCAGUUGCAGGAGCUAGUUUCUCGUUUGACGUUUCUCUGCCCUCUGGCCGUAAAACGGUAGACAGCGACUCAGAUUCUGCACCCCGCAUUGGGACUGUCCACAUAAAUCGCCUCCACAUCAAACGACUUCCUGACCCAGUGGCCCUCUUGAAGAGCGUCGUGUCUUUCUUCCACCUCCUCAAUUGCGCCAUCACAAACACCGUUUUUCUAUCCCCUCCCAGCAGCAACAAACGCAGCGUUUUGACCUAGAUUUGUUUAAGGUUUAACUUUUAAGGACAUGAAUCCACUCCCUACCAAUGAAAGAAUCAUAAGCAAGCUGCAAAGUGCAAAGUGUUGAUCGGCUGUCUAAAAAAUGGUUUAUACACAACUUUCUCAUUAACCACUUUAUCAAUCGCUCUCUCCUGCCAUGUCCAUCGGGAGAUUUCGAUUCCAUGGGAUUAUAGUGAUGAAAAACGGUGCAGUGUGAAUCAGAUCAGAUUAUAUAUACAGUUUUUGGUCAAGACCGAUAUUUUAGAAUAUAAAUUAUGGGCUAGACCACAUAUUAUUAUACGAUCCAGACCAAAUCAAGGCUAUAUGGUGCGCUUCGGUAAGAUAUGAUAUGGAUUAAGUAGACCAUUCUUCAUAAAACUUCACACUUUUCCAACCCUUCGAUCCUCUUUGGUAUCCACAAAAAUAAAAAGUUCAGUGCUCAAUAUACUAGUGAAACAAAAUUUAGUGACCUUAACUAACCCGCGAAAAAAUAUGCGGAGAGAAUUGUACAUUUUCGAUUUCUUACUCCUAUCCGGUCUCCACUUAAAAUAAAACUCAACAAAUUACUAUGUCUCCCUCUUUCAUGAUGGUCUUAAAGGUUCUCGCACUUAAUCUCCAUCACGAACAGUGGCGGACCCAGGAUUGUCGGAGAGGUGUGUCGCUGAUAAAAUAAAAUAAAAAUAAAAUUAAAUACAAAAUUAAAUAGAAAUUAAAAAAAAAUCAUAAAGUUCUGUCAUGUUUACAACGAAUCGCGAUGACUUUUCAUCUGCUGAAAUGUCUCUAAAAUACAUUAAUCACUUAUACUGCAAAGAAAAUCUUUUUCAAUAUACACAACUAAACAAUCAUUCAUAUAUUGGUCACUCAACUGAUUUCGAAGAUCAUUCUUGAUUAUCUUCAUAGCUAAAAAUGUUCUUUCGCAGCUGGGGAGUUAGUGGCCGCCUGGGCUAAUGGCCAUUAGGCCUGUGGAUUUUUUUCUCUCUUUUAAUUAUAGGCCGAGGCCCAACACACAUCACACAUGCAUAUUGUAUGGGCUGAGAGUUUGUUUGUUUUUAAUAUGAAUUGAUAGGAUUAUGAUUUAUGAGUUAUUAUAAACAAAAUGGGUUAAAGACACAUUUGGUCACUGAGAUUACAAAAUCGGGACAUCUUUAGUCACUAGAAAAAAUUAAUAUCAAAUUUGGUCACUAUAAUUACUAAAACUGGACACAUUUAGUCACUCACCGUUAGUCUCCGUCCAACUCCGUUAAUGAAGUCCGUUAAGUGAUGAUGUGGCAAACAAAAUUGCCUAAUCAGCCGGAUAUAACCCAACAAAAACAAAACCCGACCCGCCACAUCAUUUAAACCAACCCAACCCAACCCAUGACCCAACUCCACCCAACCCUUCUUCCUCCUUCCUCUCACCUCCUUCUUUCCCCAAAACCGCCGCCGCCCUCCUCCUUCCUCCCCACCACCUUCCAACCCACCCAGAAAACCAAAAAAAACCCUUUCCCACUUCUCACCUUCUCCAACAUCGAAACCAAUGUAGAGCUGCUGCAGCGAGGUUAAGUUCCCCAGCUCCGGAGGAAUAGUCCCGACCACCCACCAUUGGUGAGCUCCAUCAAGUUCUAAAGCUCGAUUUCGCCUCGAAUUCGCUCUCCAGUCCAAUCCCACCCGAAAUCGGCAACUGCAGCCACCUUGCCUACCUGGACAUGAGCUAGAACAAUCUCACCGGACCAAUUCCACCAGAGAUUUCCAACAUCCACAUUCUCAACUACCUAAACCUAUCAAGAAACCACCUCAACCAAACCAUCCCCAAAUCCAUCGGUUCAAUUAAUAGCCUCACCAUCGCCGACUUCUCCUUCAACAACCUCUCCGGGAAGCUCCCCGAUUCCGGCCAAUUCUCCGUCUUCAAUUCCUCCUCCUUCGCCGGGAACCCUCAGCUCUGCAGCUCCAUCCUCAACAACCCCUGCAAUUCCACAACAAACCCAAACUGCAAACGGGCGAAAUCCCCUGACAAUUUCAAGCUCGUCUUCGCCCUAGGCCUCCUGAUCUGCUCCCUCAUCUUUGCCACCGCCGCGAUCGUGAAAAGCGCGGUCGUUCAAGCGGUACGGAGAGUCGGAUUGGAAAAUGACGUCGUUUCAGAAGGGUUUCGAUGUUGGAGAAGGUGAGAAGUGGGAAAGGGGUUUUUUUGGUUUUCUGGGUGGGUUGGAAGGUGGUGGGAGGAAGGAGGAGAGCGGCGGUGGUUUUGGGGAAAGAAGGAGGUGAGAGGAAGGAGGAAGAAGGGUUGGGUUGGUUUAAAUGACGUGGCGGGUUAUAAUGACGUGGCGGGUCGGGUUUUAUUUUUUUUGGGUUAUAUCCGGCUGAUUAGGCAAUUCUGUUUGUCACAUCAUCACUUAACGGACUUUAUUAACGGAGUUGGACGGAGACUAACGGCGAGUGACUAAAUGUGUCCAGUUUUAGUAAUUGUAGUGACCAAAUUUGAUAUUAAUUUUUUCUAGUGACUAAACAUGUCCCGAUUUUGUAAUCUCAGUGACCAAAUGUGUCUCUAACCCUAAACAAAAUUAAAAAGGAUUAUGAUU